AUGGAGAUGAAUGAAUUGAACAAAGCACAAGCCUACGUUCUAAAGAACUGUGAAGAGGCUUCUCCAUAUACAGGCAUUCACAAGGAAUAUUUAAGGACACAGAGCACCAAAAAUGUAGACAAGCGGCAUGAGAAAGAGUUCUUUCAGUGGUUCACGAACCAUGGACAGAGAUGCCCUAUUUCAAGCACAAACAGUGGAGUAUUUGUCAAGGGCGAUGAAGGAACUGGAAACAAAGAUUACUUUGGUGUCUUGACAGAUAUUGUGGAGCUUUUAUAUGGGACUCAUAAGGUUGUUCUUUUUAAAUGUGAAUGGUGGGAUGUACAUACAACAAGGGGAGUUAAAGAAGAUAAGUAUGGGUUCAUAAUGAUAAAUACUACUCGCAGGCUGUCAACAUAUGAGCCAUAUGUUUUGGCUUCGCAAGCAGAGCAAGUAUAUUAUGUGAAUGAUACUCAAGAUCCAAAAUGGUAUGUCGUGGUAAAGACUAAACCUCGUGAUUAUUUUGACACUCCUCCCACUGAUGAAGAAGAUGCCACUACUAAAUCAAGUAAAUCCAGUCCUGAAGCUUGCCAAGAAAAUGAAGUAGUAACUGUGCCGAAUCCAAAUACAAUAGAAGAUGAUGACACAAGUAUAUUGGACACACCUCAAGUUGAAGCGGAAGCUAAAGGUAUGCCUGUGGCUGUGGAAGGUAAUCCGAUACUCCAUUACGAGGGUGACGUUCAGGAUGAAGAUGAGCAACAAGAAUUUGAAAGUGAUGACAGCGAAGGUGGUGAGUACAUGGAUUCAGAUGACGAAGACAGCGAAUCGGAAGAAGAAAUAGAUAACGACUAG